AUGGCUGACAGUGAUAGGAGUGAACUCUGGGGUGAACGAAAUAUGUUUUCCCUUGGAAAUAUCGAGCCAGUUGACAUCCAUAAUGGCUUUAAUCAAAAUCAAGACCUUCAGAUUGAAAAUGAUACAACACCUCAAGUUAGAAAUGACAGUCUAAUCCAGAUUAUCGAGUAUAAAGCCGAUGGAAUUAAGGUAUCAGUUUACCGUCACCUAAAAUUUCAAAAGUUGAUGCGGAUUUUUUUCAUUAUUCAUUAUUCAUUAUUUUUCACGAUUUGAAUUUGUCAAAUUUUGAUCUAAAAAUCCGAAUUUUGACCGAAAAAAUCCAAGAAAAUUUUGGCGAUUCUUGAGCUUUUUGCUAGCUUCCGAGCUAUCAGCUAUGUCUUUGAUUCCGUUUCGCUGUGGCUUCACUACGCAGGCUAUGGCUUCGCUAACUGUAUAAACAAAGUCAGUAUUUGCCAAUAAUUUCAACAGAAAGCCAUUUUUGAAACACUUGCUCUACAAAUUUGACAAAUAAUGAAAAAAUAUUGAAAUAACGAAAAUUUCACGCGGUUGCCAAUAACACACGCGGGCGGGUGACGGUAAACUGAUACCUUAAUUCCAUCGGCCUAAUGUUGAGAUAUUUAUUGGCCAAGUACAAGAAGAACCAUGUUUAUGGAACACUUCAUACAGAGCGUAUAAAGAUCAGACGAAAAAGAAAAACGCCUGGUCUAAUAUUGCUGCGAAAUUCGGGAAAGACGGUAAGUCAUAUUAUGAUUAUUAAAAUAUUCCUUGAAGUUUGUUGGGUUGAUGAUAUAAUUUUGUGUAUAACCACUGGUCCACUGUGACCGGCAUUGAGUCUCAAGUAAAAACGCAUUUUAUUUUUGGACAUUCAACAUGCCACUCUAUAAUAUUAAGUAAAAACCAUUGUUCCUUUUCAGGAUUUAUGGGUUUAUAUUUACAACAAAAAUAAAAAUUCAAAAUUAUUAAUACUUAUAUUGGUUUUAUGCAUCAAUCAACAUCAGCAAUACUCAUUUCUAUUGGACCAGCCCCAAGUAUUGGAAGCUUUAUUUCUGGGCCAUGGCAAUUAAAUGCCUAAUCCCAAAGAAUUUCACCCAAUUAAAUGUCGAGGGAUUCACAUUAAACUCUCAGGCGAUUUCCAGAGUGAAAAUUCUUAAAACCUGAGGACUUCCAGUCUUACAUUUUUAAACCCCGAGGAUUUCCAAUGUUCUCGAAAGGGGGGGUACAGACAUUAAAUGCCAAUCUACUUGUCAGUCAUACUUUGACACUAGGUUAUGGUGGGGUAUUGAUUUAAAUAUUACCGGUAUGUCUACCUUGGUGCAUUUAAUACAUUCAACAGAGGCAUGAUUCAACAUAGUAAGGGACCGGUCAUUAUUUAUGGCAGGGGUGGGGGCCGAAGAGAAAGUAUAAUGCAGCCAGAAAAAAAUCAUUACCCCAUCUUUUUCGAAACAAAAUUUCUAGCUACCCCAGCGGUGGAAUGCUGGAAAAAAUUUUACCCCUGGCCACCUGAACCUAUUUUGUUGCAACGUCAUUAUAGGGUGCUUUGAUCAUAAUGGCCAUUAUAAUUAAAAGGGGAUGGGAUUGAUUGGUAAACAUACCGAUAUCCCUUGCCCCUUAUUACUUGUGGAGUACGGUAAUUAAUUAUAUUAAAGCACACUGACAGUCAUGUGGGGCAUGCUAUAGUUAGCUUAAUGUGCCUUAUUAUGGGUCACUUCUACAAUUGCUAGGUACUAUAUAAAGAAUUAUAGUUAUGUGAAGGCUUGAAAUUUGUCUGCUGAAAAUAAGACUUGUCAUUUGUGUAGUUAAUAUAAAAUAAUAUAAUUUAUGUUAUAAGCCUUGGGGUGGGCCCAUAGGGAAAUGCCAACAGAAUUAAAGGAUUUUAACAUUUCUGGACUGAAGAUUCAGAUGGAAGUUAUAUUGCUCAUUCAUAUUAAGACUGGCAUGCAUUCUGACUCAAGCGACUGUACAGUAUGAUUCAAAUUUGCAUGUUAUGAGGGGCAUGGGGGUUUGGAUCAGUGAAUGCUGAAAUCUUGGCAGUUGGCCAUUUAAUAUUGGGAUACUUCGCUAGUUUACUUCGCUAGUUUACUUCUAUAAUUUUUACAUACUUGUUAAAUUGAAAUAUGAUUGGGUUUUAUAGUUUGUAUUCAACGCUAUAUUCACUUUUCACGAGUACAAUGCUAGUCCCAUAAACAUCUAUUAACAUGCAACCACUGAUAUAUACCUGUAAAACCUGUGCAGCAUAUAUUUCAAGAUUAAUUUUAAAACACUAACCGUAUCUCACCACCCUAUCUCUUUCCUACUUUAAAUUUUCAUUCAUUAGUAUUUAGAAACAUUCAUUAGUCCCCCUUACUCCUAGGAAUAAGCACGUCCUAUAUUAGGCAUCCUAUAUUAGGCAUCAUAUGUACAAUUAAAUUUACCUCCCAGAAUCUGGGAGGCACGUGACCAGCCGCAGCCAGGGUCUCUCCCAGAUGACAGAGGGAGAGACCCUGGGAACGAGGUUGGGCCGGCAAUUGGUCUGGCAAUUUAUAACUGGCGCGCUUUGAACACAGCAUGAACAUGAACAAGAAUCUAGCAUGGGCUGUAACACAAUUUUCAGCCGGGCUGGCCCAGUUGUUGCAUUCACAUGAGUCCGGCAAUGCUGGGAUCCCAGCUAGCCCGGCCAGCCCACUUUCCAUAUGAACUCAAUUUUUAAAAUGUAUGAAAACACUAUAUUAGGCGGGAUCUCGGCACUUUCAAGCCAGCCCGACAGAGCCGGGCUCAUAUGAACAGCCCCUUAGAGUAAAAUAAAGCAUAAUUUAUUUCACUAAAAAAUUUAACCAAUAUAUUAUACAAUAAACAUUUAUACAUGUCGGACAAUAUAUGAGCUCAGUCAUCUGUCUUCUAGCUGGAUGGCUGUCACACAAAAUUUUAACACUGUGAGAAUAAUCCCCCCCCCCCCCCCAGCAGGCCUGCUGCUGUUGCCGGAUAUUGGAUAGUAAUCACCGGGAACCAGGACAUCCCUAAUUGGAAGACAUUCAUUUGCCAUGUUUCUUUUUCGUGGUAAACUGUACACAUGCAUUUUAUACCAGUGUGGUUCUUUUAUGCUUUAGUUGAGUUCCUCAAGGCUCAGUGGAAGAACCUUAAAGAAAACUACAAGAGAUGUCUUGAUAAAAGAAACCGCAUGACGAAAUCUGGUGCUGGUGCACAUUCCUUGCCAACUUGCAAAUAUUUUCAAAAUCUUCAAUUGGCAAUAAAAAAACAGAAA